UAAAGUUAAGAGCACAGAGUAGUAGGCCAACAGUCAUCAUGUGGGCUGCUUUGAUUCUGCUGUGGAUCUGUGUGUGCCUGGUCCUUGUUCAGCUCAGGACUCGCAGGCCAAACAAGUUCCCUCCUGGUCCCCGGCCCCUGCCUUUCUUUGGGAACCUGCUGGAGUUCAGCGUGCUCAACCCACUAAAUGAUCUACAGCGGAUGUCAGACAAAUAUGGUAAGAUUUUUAGUGUGUUCAUUGGCUCAAGGCCGGCCGUUUUCCUGCAUGGAGUGGAGGCAAUAAAGGAGGCUCUGGUGACGAAAGGUGUAGAUUUUGCUGGGCGACCUCAAGGCCUCAUGGUCAACGAUAUUACACAAGGCAGAGGUGUGAUUCUGGUAGACUAUGGGUCCAGCUGGAGGGACCACAGGCGCUUUGCACUGAUGACCCUGAGGAACUUUGGUUUGGGGAAGCAGUCAAUGGAAGAAAGAAUCUACGGAGAGCUUUCUUACGUUAUUGCAGAAUUGGACCAAAGUGUUGGAAAAUCCAUGAGCCCGCAGACUAUGUUCCAUAAUGCUGCCUCCAAUAUAAUUUGCACUGUUCUCUUUGGAGCACGUUAUGAGUAUAAUGACGAGGCCCUAAAGAUUUUUAUCAAGCUCUACACUGAGAAUGCAAAGAUUACCAAUGGACCUUGGGCCAUGGUUUAUGACACUUUUCCUAUGGUAAGGAGCUGGCCCCUGCCUUUCCAAAGGGCUUUUGAGAAUGCUGCAAUAGCACAGAAAAUGAGCAUGGAUUUAAUCAAUCACCAUAAGAAGACCAGGAUCCCAGGGCAGCCACGGGAUUUCAUUGACUGUUACCUGGAUGAGAUGGAUAAGAGAGGAGAAGAUGGGUCCACAUUUGUAGAGCCACAGCUUAUGAUGUAUAUCCUGGACCUACAUUUUGCUGGAACAGACACCACUUCCAACACUCUUCUCACUGCUUUCCUUUAUCUGUCCACUCAUCCAGAUAUUCAGGAGAAAUGUUAUCAAGAGAUUGAGGAGGUUCUGGAGGACAAAGACCAGGCCUGCUUUGAAGACAGACACAGAAUGCCUUACACUCAAGCUGUUGUCCAUGAAUCACAGCGUAUCGCCAACACUGUGCCUCUCAGCGUGUUCCACUGCACAACUAAAGACACAGAGCUGUUGGGGUAUCAUAUCCCUAAGGGCACUUUGAUCGUUCCUAACCUGGGGUCUGCCAUGCGUGAGGAGGGACAAUGGAAGUUUCCUCAUGAGUUCAAUCCUUCCAACUUCCUAAACGAACAGGGAGAGUUUGAGAAGCCUGAGGCCUUCAUGCCCUUCUCUGUUGGUCCCCGUGUCUGUCUUGGUGAGGGUUUGGCCCGUAUGGAACUCUUCUUGAUCAUGGUCACUCUAUUGCGUCGCUUCAAGUUUGCCUGGCCUGAGGAUGCCGGAGAUCCAGACUUCACUCCCGUUUUUGGUGUGACCUUGACACCCAAACCUUACAGCAUGACUGUGACUCUGAGGAGGACAGAAUAGGCUUGUAGAACCACAAUAAAAACAAUAGAAA